CGGUCGACGGAAGUCUCUACUUCAUUCUUCACCAAGAGCACAGAAUUUCCACGACACUCAAAUUAGCAGCUGACUUCAAUCACUGGAGCUUCACUCAGAGAGAAAAUGGCUUCUGGACAAGAAAAUUAUCUCUCCUGUCCCGUUUGUCAUGACAUCUUUAUAGAUCCUGUUAUCCUGACAUGCGGCCACAGCUUCUGUAAAGUCUGUCUGCAGAGAUGGUGGAGAGCGAAACAAGAGCAGGAGUGUCCAAUUUGUAAGACAGUAUCUGGAAGUAACAACCUGCCCUGUAACUUGGCGUUAAAGAACCUUUGUGAGGCCUUUUUACUAGAGAGAGAUCAAAUAUCUUCAGCAGGGUCUGAGCCUCUCUGCAGUUUGCACUCUGAGAAACUCAAACUCUUCUGUCUGGACCAUAAGCAGCCAGUGUGUGUUAUCUGCAGAGAUUCAAAAACACACAACAACCACAGAUUCAGACCCGUUGAUGAAGCUGCACAGGAUCACAAAGAGGAGCUCCAUGAAUCCCUGAAGCCCUUACAGGAGAAACUGAAGCUCUUUAAAGAAAUGAAAGGAAACUGUGAUCAAAUAGCAGAAUACAUUAAGGUCCAGGCCAGAGACACAGAGAGGCAGAUUAAGGAGCAGUUUAAGAAGCUUCAUCAGUUUCUACAAAAGGAAGAGGAGGCCAGGAUCUCUGCUCUGAGGGAGGAAGAGGAGCAGAAGAGUCAGAUGAUGAAGGAGAAGACUGAGGCUUUGACCACAGAGAUAGCAGCUCUUUCAGACACAAUCAGAGUCACAGAGGAGAAACUAAGAGCUGAAGACGUUUCAUUCCUGCAGGACUACACGACUGCAGUAGAAAGAGUCCAGCAGUGCCCCCUGCUGGAUGAUCCAGAGCUGGUCUCAGGAGCUCUGAUAGACGUGGCUAAACACCUGGGCAACCUGACCUACAACAUCUGCAACAAGAUGAAGAAAAUGGUCUCCUUCACUCCUGUGAUCCUGGAUCCAAACACUGCUCAUCCAGAACUGAUCCUGUCUGAAGAUCUGACCACUGUGAGAUGUGGAGAGAGACAGAAGCUUCCUAAAAACCCAGAGAGGUUUGAUUUCUAUCCCUCUGUCCUGGGCUCUGAGGGUUUUAACUCAGGGAUUCACACAUGGGAUGUUGCGGUUGUGGACAGUACAAACUGUUAUAUCGGUGUAGCAACAGAGUCUGUCCAAAGAAAGUCAACCAUACAGGACAUAAAAGAGUGCAUCAAGUCUGGAUUAUGGGCAGUACUGCUCAGUAAAGAUGAAUAUGCAGCAUUGUCCCCACUGCAAAUCUCCACUGUUUUCUUAGUGAAGGACAAGGAACUGCAGACAAUCAGAGUUCAUCUGGACUACAACAAAGGAAAACUGUCAUUCUCUGACCCUGAUACUAACACGCACAUACACACCUUCACACACACUUUUACUGAGAGAGUAUUUCCAUACAUUACCGCUUUGGAUGAACUCUCAAUGAAGAUAUUACCCAUGGCCUCUGAUGAUGAUGAUGAUGAUGAUGAUGAUACCAGUGGACCUAGUACAUCUUCAGCCUCAGGUGUACCCUAUCUAAGGCUCUCAUGGAUCUCAAGGCUCUCAAGGCUCUCAGAUCUCAUGGGCUAUCUACAUAACUCUGAGAGGCAGAUUAAGGAACAGUUUCUACAAGAGGAAGAGGAGGCCAGGAUCUCUGCUCUGACGGAUGAAGAGGAGUGGAAGAGUCAGAUGAUGAAGGGGAAGAUUGAGGGUCUGUGUAAAGAGAUAGCAGCUCUUUCAGACACAAUCAGAGUCACAGAGGAGAAGCUGAAAGCUGAAGACGUUUCAUUCCUGCAGAACUACAAGACUGCAGUGGAAAGAGUCCAGCAGCACCCCCUGCUGGAUGAUCCAGAGCUGGUCUCAGGCGCUCUGAUAGAUGUGGCCAAACACCUGGGCAACCUGACAUUUAACAUCUGGAACAAGAUGAAGAAGACAGGCUCUGAGGGCUUUAACUCAGGGACUCAAAGCUGGGAUGUUGAGGUUGGAGAUAGUACAGACUGGAUAGUCGGUGUGGCAGCAGAGUCUGUCCAAAGAAAGGGACACACAGACAUUAAGUUGGGUUUAUGGGCAGCUAAGUUCAGUCAAGAAGAAGCUCUGAUAGAUGUGGCCAAACACCUGGGAAACCUGACCUUCAACGUCUGGAACAAGAUGAAGGAGACAGUCUCCUUCACUCCUGUGAUUCUGGAUCCAAACACUGCUCAUCCAAGACUCUACGUCUCUGAAGAUCUGACCUGUGGACUCACAGCUGGGAUGUUGAGGUUGGAGACAGUACAGGUUGGUAUGUUGGUGUGGCACCAGAGUCUGUCCAAAGAAAGGAACAUACAGACAUAA